AUGCCAGCGUACCACUCCGCCCUAAACGAGGUGCCCGACGUCCGCCAGGUCGGCAACCUCGCCGUCCUCCCCAUCAAGUCCAAAUACCGUGGUCCUGCACCUAUGGCCGAUCCCUCAGAAGCAGACAUUAUCGAUGAGACCCUCGACCUCUUCCGAGCCAACUCCCUCUUCCGCAACUUCGAGAUCAAAGGCCCCGCUGAUCGUCUCCUCAUUAUUCUCAUCCUCUUCGUCUCGGACUGCAUUGCCAAGAUUGGCGCUGCGAAGACCGUUCCGAACCAGCUCGAGGCGACAAAGUUGCUUAACACCCUCGCCGUGGACAACUUCCCUGUCCCUGGAGAUGCCACCUUUGCUCUGAACGCGCACUACGCGCCCCCGGGGGCAGGGCAGAUGCUGGUGAAUUACCUGCGGGGGUACCUCACUCAAAUUCGCCAAGAACUUGCGUCGCGGCUGGUCGAGAAGCUCUAUGCGGACGGGACUGGCAAGCCCAGCAAGUGGUGGAUGUCGUUCCAGAAGAGGAGGUUCAUGAACCGCAGUCUGGGUUCGUGA